GAGAACCAAAACAAGUUGAAGGUUGUUACGCGGAGUGCCAGGCAACGACAGUUGCUGCGUGCAAAAGGCAUACAGCCUUCGGCUGAGGCCACUGUUCUCGGCACUCCCUUUCGGGAGGACGGCCUACUUGAGGUGGCGGGCCCACGGCUCGACAAGUUUCAGGCUCUGCUUCGACGGCUCGGGUGUCUUCCUGUAGUAUCUUGCGUUAAGCAUCGCUUGUAUAGGACUGUAAUCAUACCACAGCUGCUGUGGAGUUUUUGGUGGAGUCCUUGCUCCGCCGCCGACUUACAGGACCAGCAAAAGCUCACAACUAACGUGAAACGUGCCUUGGAUGUUGUACAGCAAGGGUCCAGGGAUUUGUGGUUGCUUCUUGCUGGUCAUUGGAUGGAUGUUGGUUUUGCACUUAGACUGGCGUCGGCCUCAGCUUUCUUUGCGGCUGACGCCUUCUGGCGUGAACAGGGCCGUCGCCUCGUCAUAGGACGCUGGGGACAGUCCGUUGGUUCUUUUCUUCAGGAACUCCAGUUUACCAGGACCGGAGCUCACGCUUGGCAACAUGCUGUGGCAGGGGCCUUUGACCUGUCGGCAGGUGACUUGCCUGCCCGAAAUAAGGCGCGACACUUGAUGCGAGAGGCCUGGCGUCGCCAGCGCUAUGCUUCUUUCUUGCGAGGGCAACGGCAUGAACUCGACGACCUCAUCCCCGACGAUGAGGGCUACAGCGAGACCGUACUCAAGGCGGCCAUCAAGCUCUACAACGGCGCUUCCAACGAGGAGCGCCACGUGAUGCUCGGAGGAUGUGUGAGUGAAGAACAGUAUGCACGGAUGCAUAAACUGCCUCCUCAAGGUGCUGGAUCUUUUCUCCUUCGGUGCACGCUGUGUGGUCGUACAGGGGUUCCCAACUGGUGGCAUGCUGCGUGGUGCUGCUCAUAUUUUGCUUCCUCCCGCCCGGCAACUCCGACAUCGUCGUGGGCCUGGAGGUUGGGCUGGCCGCUUCGUGGUGAGCGGCACGCAGAUGUUCGUGAGCGUCUUCGGCAUCUUGGUCUUGUCCGAGCUGCUGUUCGAGGUCAGUUUGGGUUUCGGCCUCCUGGGCGUCGCCAGCUGGAGGUGACGUGA